CCCUUAACUAGAUCUUCUUUGAUGUCAUGAGCCUUUGACUAAUUGAAAUUCAUAGAUUUAAGCUAAUAAGGUCAACGGUAAUUAUAACUAUAAUGAAUUCUAUUAUCAAAAGUGACUGUUAUUUUUUUAUCGGUGAUAUUUUUAUAUGCUCCUGGCUACAGUUUUGCAAUUAUGGAUGUAGCAUUGCUGGUUCCUACGCCUGAUAGACUCCGGAAAAUAUACGACGGACUUAUUCACGACAAGUUACCGGACACAAACCUUUCGCCACCUACAGUAAAACGUAUGAUUCCACUUCCGGUUAUAAGCGUGGGUGAGACCGACCCUAUAUUGAAGGACGGCUAUAGGGACAAUAUCGCUAUGGAAGAAGGUGUUACAAAUCCCGCCUUUGACACAAUAGACAGACUACAGGUAAACGGUAACACGUGGAGUGAAACCAGUAGCGACAAUAAUAAAGAUGAUACUAUAAAUAGCAAGAAAAGAAGUAGCUAUGACAUCACUGACAGUAUACCCAGAAUGCCACGAAAGCAGGACCGUGGCGAUAAGAGCAACAUCCCUUCAGACUCGGAUAAGACAGCCACCUUGAAGUCCUGGGAUGUGUUUAGAGUUGUAAACAGAACCAAGCAUCGCGGAAUAAAUGAUGAACGUUAUAAUGUUUGCCUUAAAUCAAUCAAAAUUGUAGUGAGCAUGUUCUUAACACUCUCAAUUCUUGCUUUCACAAUGCUCAGCAAAAGUACACUAUUUCUUAUCACUUCAAAUGUGUAUUCAAAUGUGACUUUAGACUGUACGUUUAUGUCGGAAACGGGUGUGACGUCAUGCAGGCGGGUACCUGCUGAUCGUGUUAAGACAGAGGCUUUUCACCCGUCUCCAAGCGUUCAAGCGAGAUGGCUGUGGGCGCUAUUUUUAGUAGUGUGUUCUCCGCAUCUAUUUACGUUUGGAAAAUGCUUCUGGAGAAUGUGUUUCAAGAAAACUCGAAAUCCAACGCCAAGAGUUAUGUUUCUGGUUCUUGCCAUAGAAACACUUCACACAGCCGGGAUGAGCAUGUUCGCGUUCUACGUGCUGCCGGCAAUAGAUCCACUGCGUGGACUAGUUCUUACAUUUGGCGUGGGCGUGAUUCCAGCAUUGCUUAAAAUGUUUGAUACGCAGAGAGAAGAAGGUCGUAAAUUCUAUGUCGUCGCUGCUGACGUCAUGGCGCUCGUAGUUCAAAUAUCGAUUCUCGUUCUUUGGCCUAUCAAGAAUUUAAUCGACCAUGACAAUUCGGAUCUUACAUGGACAAUUCCAGCUUCUUUAUUGCUGAUAUCGGUAGGAUGGUGGGAAAAUUAUAUAAAUCGUUUCACGAAGAUGGGAACUCUUGGAAUGAGACUAAGGGAAUUCAAACAUAAAGUUCGACGCAUGCGCACUAAGAUAUACAUUUUUGCUAGCAUAUGGAAAAUAAUUUUGACACUUGCUUUGAUGACCGUAAUGAUGACAGCAGGAAAUAAAUCGUGUCUAAGUGUGUUGUACUUUGAUAUCGAUUUCGCACAGGAUUGCCCUCAUCUUGUAAACCCAUCUGGAAAUAACGUGGAUUCAGACGCCUUUCACACAGAGCCAUAUUGGAUCGCACUUAUUCAAAUUGUUUCGUGUUUAAUGUGCUACCAGUUUUCGAAAAUUGCAUGCAAAGUCAUGCUCCAGGUCGUCAGCUUUUCGCUUCCAUUAAUGAUUGCUGCUCCAGUAAUAGCUGGUCUAUUUAUUGCCAAUUGCGAAGCUUGGAACGUUGAUCAAUCAACAAACCCAUUUUUGCCGCCAUAUUUAUACUGGACAUGUGACAUUAACGGGAUUUCGCGAGGUUUCCUCGAAACGCUGUAUUCUGGCUACUUUCUUCCGGUUUCGUUUCUAUGGUGGCUGUCCUUUAUGUGGGUCACUUUCCAUAUUUGGAUGCCACGUGUAGAGAGACUUGUACAGACCGAAAGGCUGUUUGUCCAGCCCUUGUACUGUGGGGUGAUGUUGGAACAGUCAAUGAUGCUAAACAGGCGCCGUGACGAUCAUGACAGAGGCCGUGGGCUGAGUAUAGAUAAAAAACGCAAAGCUGCGGAAUUUGCGAAGUUGAAUGGUCCGUACCCCACCCACCUACCGAUGACCCCACGUGACCCGGAGAGGCGGGAACCAGCUCCGAUGAUUUAUGUAUGUGCAACAAUGUGGCACGAGACUGAAAAAGAAAUGUUACAAAUGCUGACGUCUAUUUUCAGAAUGGAUGACGAUCAGUGUGCCAGAAAGAACGCUCAGAGAUUUUUCGAUGUGGUAGAUCCAGAUUACUACGAAUUUGAGGCGCACGUGUUUUUCGACGACGCCUACGAGCCUCACGACGAGGAGACAUACGAGUAUUACGUCAACAGUUUCGUCAAACAACUCGUCAUAACAAUCGAUAAAGCUGCUAGUAAGGUUCACCGAGUACCGAUGCGAAUAGCCCCGCCUACACGUUAUCCGACCCCAUAUGGAGGUAGACUGGAGUGGACCUUGCUUGGUGGUAACAAGCUUGUCGCUCAUCUGAAAGACAAAACAAAGAUUCGAAUCAAGAAACGAUGGAGCCAGGUUAUGUACAUGUACUACCUUCUCGGCCACAGACUUGUCGGUCAGAACUUAGAUGCCCGUAGAAAACAAGCACUUGCUGACAAUACAUUCAUCCUUACACUUGACGGUGAUGUUGACUUUAAACCGUCGGCAGUACAGGUCCUUGUCGACAGAAUGAAAAGGAAUGAUAAAGUUGGCGCGGCUUGUGGACGUAUUCAUCCAAUCGGAAUGGGUCCGAUGAUUUGGUACCAGAAAUUUGAAUACGCUAUCAGCCAUUGGUUACAAAAAGCAACGGAACACAUGAUUGGCUGCGUACUUUGCAGUCCCGGAUGUUUCAGUUUAUUCCGCGGUUCUUCACUCAUGGACGACAAUGUAAUGGGAAAAUAUGCAACUAUGUCAUCGCAAGCGAAACAUUAUGUGCAGUAUGAUCAAGGUGAGGACAGAUGGCUGUGUACACUUCUACUACAACAAGGAUACCGUGUAGAGUACUGUGCCGCUGCCGAUGCUUUGACCUAUGCCCCGGAAGGUUUCGAAGAGUUUUAUAAUCAACGUCGGCGAUGGUCACCUUCCACAAUGGCAAACAUAAUGGAUCUUCUUGGUGACUGGAGAAACGUUGUAAAACUUAAUGAAAACAUCUCGCUGCUAUAUAUUGCCUACCAGAUGCUUCUUUUCUGCUCAUCUCUGCUCACUCCGGCCACCAUUUUCCUCCUGAUCACCGGGGCGCUUAACACAGCGUUCCCGGCACUUGAUUUGAUGGCGUCACUGGCGAUUAACACUGUACCAAUAGCGUUAUUUCUCCUUGCCUGUUUCUUCUGUGAUUCAAAAUGGCAGUUACGGUUUGCAGAAAUAUUAUCCGUCGCUUAUGCCCUAUGUAUGAUGAUUGUGGUGGUAGGUCUUGGGCUAAACAUGAUUCUAGAAGGUCUCUGCUCACCUACUGCUAUAUUCUUGUUCUUCUUACUAGGUGUAUUCAUCAUCUCAGCAAUCCUUCAUCCACAGGAGUUUUACUGCUUACUUCAUGGCGCCCUGUACUUCCUGGCUGUUCCAAGCAUGUCAAUGUUACUGAUGAUUUAUUCCAUUUGCAACAUGCAUGUGGUUUCCUGGGGAACCAGAGAGUCUGCAACAGCCGCAAACCCGAACGAGAAACCAGCACCAGCUGCCAAGAAACCGGAUAGUAAAAUACAGUCACUCCUCCAGAAGUUCACCAGAGAUGAAGAGCUAGAUAGCGAUUAUGGAUUUUCUUUCGGGAACCUGUUCCGUUGUAUAUGUUGUCCAAAACCCAAACAAGACGUCAACGAGAAGAAGUUUGAAAUGGUUCUUGAAAAAUUAGAGACGAUCGAACGAGCAGUGACUGGUCCACAGGAUGGUUUAGAUGUCCAAACUUAUUGUGAAAAAGAUGUGUCAGGUGAUGAAGGGGUGAGUGUAACCUUCGAAACAAUAAAAGAAGAUAACACUGAUGGUCUAAGAAGAAGAAAAGAGAGUUCAAAGAGUGAAAAGGAUAUUGCUGUUGGAAACGAAUAUGAAGUAACAAACCCAUUAUACAAACCAACGCUGGUAUCACACGAAGAUGAAAAUACACCUAAAUGGUUGGAUGACGCUGACCUCGGUAAAGGCCGAACACGUUACAUUGGUAACGACGAGAAAACAUUCUGGAAGGAUUUGAUUAAGAAGUACCUGCUUCCGCUCGAGAAAAACGAAGCACAACAGAAGAAAGUGCAACACGAUUUGAUAGAGCUCCGUAACAAAAUGAGUCUAAUGUUUUUCAUGCUGAAUGGAUUGUUUAUUGUGAUAAUAUUUACACUCCAGUAUACAAACGCAGUAAAAGAAGGACACGGUCUGAGCAUACCGCUGCCAUGCAAAGCUACAAACGGUCGCCAGUUGACAUUAGAACCCAUCUCCCUGCUCUUCAUGUUCUUCUAUGGGAUAGUUUUGGUGAUACAAUUUGUGUCAAUGUUCUUCCAUCGUCUGGGAACGGCUCUACAUAUUAUCAGUUCUACAGAAAUUAACUGUAUGAAACCAAAUACAAGUGAAAUAAAUUCCAUGGACAUAGCAAGUAAAAUAGCUCUUGUAAAAGAGAUGCAACAAAUGGAUGACGAAGAUGAUAAAAUGUCUGUAACUACCACAGCCAGUAGUGAUGUUGAUGAAGAUAGCAGUAUAACGCAGGACGACUCACCAAAGAUGAAGAGACGAAAAACUGUGAUAAGGAUAACAAAACGUAAGCGGCAGCAGCAACAGCAUCAAGGUGAAGUCCCAGCUGGUGGUAAUCUUGGCAGUAAGUUUAUGAAGAAUUUUAUGGACCUUGCCAACGACUUACGGAAAGAGAGAGUCAGUGAAAGCAGUUCUCAUAGCCAUGGGAGGCUUGCAAGAAGACAAGGAAGUAGUGGUAACAAACGAAAGAGUAAGAGGGCAAUGCGAGCCAUUAAUUCUAUCCAGCAUGAUAAAGAUAAGGUUCUGAAAAAAGCUGAAGCCAUUGAAACAAAAUGGCAGAAGAUUUCCCGCAGCAAUCGAAACGGGGGAGACAACUCUAUGAAUAAAGUGGAUUCUUGGCUCCAUCUUGUAAGGGACGUGCUGACACAAUCUAGAACCAGUCUAAACACUAUUGGUGAAGAAGACAAGCGCAGUUCACUUCCAUGGAGAAAUAGAUUAAGCAGGGCCAGUUCCUUUGAGACGGUGACUCAAGAUGAAGUCAAAGUCCGGAGUUUACCGAAACGAGCAAGUUUUGCUGGUGCUUCACAGCUUAAUAUAAUUGCCGAUGAUGAGGAAGACGAAAUUAUAAUCAACCCAAAGAAGAGAGUCAAUCAAACAAACAUUCCAGUGGAUGUUUAUGAUAAUACUGUGCAAAUGCGUCACAAGUCAGACAUGAGUACAAAUAACCUGUCGAGAAGGUCAGAACCAUUGUUGCAAAUUCCAAAGGCCCCUGAAUUUAAUAGACCUCAUUCUUCAAUAACGCCAAGAAUUAGCGAGGAAGAUGCACGUGCAAACUCUAUAGAAUCGGAGUCAGAUAUUUCUGACCCGUCUGAGGCAGGUUCGACAUCUCGGGCAGCUUCGGUUACCUUCAGCAACAAUCAUGAAUAUAUAGGUACAAAUUUCCGAGAGGCAGGGAGUAGAAGCGUGCCUGCGCCGGAUGACGUUUUCAUUGUGAAUGAAAGUAGUUGAUAACAAACCGUUGUAUUUUUCCAAUUUUUAGACUGAAUUAUAAGAAGACGUCAUUUUAUCUGCUGCAGGUCAGUGUUUGAGAUGAACAUGUGGUUUUUCUGUUUUGCAAUAUGAAUGCAUGUGAUCUUAUUCAUUGCUCAAUACUGAUUAUGAAUAUGAUUGGCAAGAAAGAGAAAAUAUCGUUUUGGUUGCAUCUGUGAACGAUUUUAUUAUGUGUGAUCUAGUCUUGACUGAACAAAACGGUAUAAAAUCGAUGAUUUUCAUCUGGGUGACUGAAACAUUUAGUGCCAGUGCUGUACAUAUCGAGUACAUGGAAUUGUGAUCUUCAUGUAUUUAUUUCGAAAACUUACUUUAAGUGAUUUUAUGCCCAUCCAAGGGUAU